GUGUUCAGAGAAGUAAAAGUGAAAGGAUUCGACGCAUCGCAGUAUGAGGCUAAACAAGUGUUCUACUCAAGUAAAGAUGGCACUAAGGUGCCAAUGUUUAUCGUUUCCAAAAAGGACUUACCGCGCGACGGGUCGAACCCAGCCCUGGUGUACGGCUACGGCGGCUUCAACAUCAACAUCCAGCCGAGCUUCAGCGUCACGCGCCUCGUGUUCAUGCAGCACCUGCGCGGCCUCGUCGCCAUCCCCAACAUUCGAGGCGGCGGCGAAUACGGCGAGCGGUGGCACAACGCAGGCCGUUUACUCAACAAGCAGAACGUGUUCGACGACUUCCAAGCGGCCGCGGAGUAUCUAGUCCGCGAGAAGUACUCACGGCCCGAGCUGUUAACUAUACAGGGCGGAUCCAACGGAGGGCUGCUAGUCGCCGCCUGCAUCAACCAGCGGCCCGACCUCUACGGCGCUGCCAUUGUGCAAGUGGGCGUGCUGGACAUGCUGCGCUUCCAGAAGUUCACGAUCGGGCACGCGUGGGUGUCGGACUACGGCAGCUCUGACAACGAGACGCAUUUCCACAACCUGCUCAAGUACUCGCCGCUGCACAACAUACACCCGCCCGAUGACGAGCACAGCGAGUACCCCGCAACCCUGGUACUAACAGCGGACCACGACGACCGCGUGGUGCCGCUUCACUCGCUGAAGUUCAUCGCGGCGCUGCAGCACACCGCCGGCGCCUCGGCCCGCCAGGCGCGCCCUCUGCUGGCGCGAGUUGACACCAAGGCGGGACACGGUGGAGGGAAGCCCACCGCUAAGAUU